AUGAACAUGCAGACCUCAGUGUGGUGGGGCAUCAUCUUGCUGGAAAAUGAUGGGGGAAUCUUUGAACAGACGGACGGCCCGGUGUCACUUGUGAGCGCGGAGGAGCUUGCCUUUAAAUUUGCUGUCAAUAACAUCAACAGAAAUAGGACUUUGUUGCCAAACACAACGCUAACAUACGACAUACAGAGGAUUAAUAUCUACGACAGUUUUGAGGCAUCGAGAAAAGCUUGUGACCAGCUAUCUUUAGGUGUGGUAGCCAUUUUCGGGCCUUCUCACAGCUCCUCGUCCAACGCAGUGCAGUCCAUCUGUAACGCGCUGGAGGUGCCUCAUAUCCAAGUGCGGUGGAAACAUCACCCCAUGGACAACAGGGACACUUUCUAUGCCAACCUGUACCCAGACUACUCCUCUCUGAGCUACGCCAUCCUGGACCUGGUGCAGUUCCUCAAGUGGAAGACGGCCACGGUCGUGUACGACGACAGCACGGGCCUAAUCCGUCUGCAGGAACUGAUCAUGGCCCCAUCGCGGUACAACAUCAGACUAAAAAUCCGGCAGCUCCCCGUGGACUCUCAGGAUGUACGGCCUCUGCUCAAAGAGAUGAAGAGGAGCAGGGAGUUCCGCAUCAUCUUCGACUGCAGUCACCACAUGGCGGCGCAGAUCCUCAAACAGGCGCAGACCAUGGGGAUGAUGACGGAGUACUACCACUACAUCUUCACCACUCUGGACCUUAUGGCCAUCGACCUGGAGCCGUAUCGUUUCUGUGGAGUCAACAUGACCGGUUUUCGUAUCCUGAACACAGACAAUCCCCAGGUAGCUUCCAUCGUGGAGAAAUGGUCCAUGGAAAGACAGAUUCCACCCAAACCAGACUCAGGGCUGUUGGAGGGCAUCAUGACGACAGACGCAGCUCUGACGUACGACGCGGUCCACAUUGUAUCGGUGUCGUACCAGCACGCGCCCCAGAUGACCGUCAACUCGCUGCAGUGUCACCGCCACAAGCCCUGGAGGUUCGGAGGGCGAUUUAUGAGCUUCAUCAAAGAGUCGCAUUGGGACGGGCUGACCGGGAGGCUGUCAUUCAACAAGACCACAGGCCUACGCACUGACUUUGACCUGGACAUCGUGAGCCUGAAGGAGGAUGGGCUUGAGAAGGUGGGCAAGUGGAGUGCAUCGGGUGGGCUCAACAUCACCGAAGUGCCCAAGCGUAAGGGGAUGAACAUUACCGACUCGCUGGCCAAUCGCUCCCUCAUCAUUACCACCAUCUUGGAGGAGCCAUAUGUCAUGCUUAAGAAGUCUGACAAGGCGCUGGUGGGGAACGACCGCUUCGAAGGAUUCUGCAUCGACUUGCUGAAAGAACUGGCCACCAUCCUUGGCUUCACCUACGAGAUCCGUCUGGUGCCCGACGGGAAGUACGGCAUUCCGGACGAUAAGGGCCAGUGGAACGGAAUGAUCAGGGAACUCAUAGAACAUAGAGCAGACUUGGCCGUAGCUCCCCUCACCAUCACCUACAUGCGUGAAAAGGUCAUCGACUUUUCCAAACCUUUCCUGAACAUGGGCAUCAGCAUCCUGUACCGCAAACCUAACUCCACCAACAGCGGCUUCUUCUCCUUCCUCAACCCCAUGACGCCCGAUAUCUGGGUCUACAUCCUGCUAGCAUACUUUGGCGUUAGCUGUGUCCUGUUUGUCAUUGCCCGCUUCAGCCCUUACGAGUGGUACGACGCUCAUCCCUGUAAUCCUGGAUCUGAUGUGGUGGAGAACAACUUCACCCUGCUCAACAGCUUCUGGUUCGGAGUGGGUUCCUUAAUGCAACAAGGCUCAGAGCUGAUGCCCAAAGCCCUGUCCACGCGGAUCAUUGGUGGGAUCUGGUGGUUCUUCACCCUCAUCAUCAUCUCGUCCUACACAGCCAACCUGGCCGCCUUCCUCACGGUGGAGCGGAUGGACUCCCCCCUGGACUCAGCCGACGACAUCGCCAAGCAGACCAAGAUCGAGUACGGAGUGGUCAAAGAUGGGGCCACCAUGUCUUUCUUCAAGAAAUCUAAGGUCUCCACGUUUGAGAAGAUGUGGGCCUUCAUGAGCAGCAAGCCCAGCACGUCCCUGGUGAAGUCUAUCGAGGACGGCGUGCAGAGGGUGCUUAAGUCCGACUACGCCCUCAUCAUGGAGUCGACCACCAUCGAUUACAUCACCCGCCGGAACUGUAACCUCACCCAGGUGGGAGGGCUCUUCGACAGCAAAGGCUACGGCAUCGGCACCCCGCUUGGCUCGCCUUACCGGGACAAAAUCUCCAUAGCAAUUCUCAACAUCUUAGAGGACGGCCGCCUGCACAUGCUGAAGGAGAAAUGGUGGAGUGGGAGCAGCUGUCUGGAUGAGGAGCGGAGAGAGACGGGCCCCAUGGGGAUCCAGAACCUGGGUGGGAUCUUCAUAGUGCUGGCGUCGGGGCUGGUGCUGUCCGUGUUUGUGGCCAUCGCCGAAUUUAUCUACAAGCUGAGGAAGACAGCGGAGCGCGAGCAGGUCUUUGUGCAGCGCCAUGGUGGACGAGAUCAGACUGUCGUUCACCUGCGAGAGGCGUCUGAAGCACCGCCCCCCGGCUCCGCCCCCCCCUCCCGUGAUGAAGAGCGACGCAGUGAUCAACAUGCACGCCUACAACCAUCGUCGCCUCCCGGGAAAGGACAGCUUGAGCUUGGGCACUGGGAUGACUCCGGUUUUUCCAUGACACUGCGCUCCUGUUCCCAAACCAAGAGCCUUCUGAGCAAUGUGUCGGGAGGCCUGCCGGAAGCGCGGGACAAUGGCAUCGACGGCAUCACCAGAUUCUCCAUCAACCACAGUGACAUAGGGACACUAACCAAGCACGGCACGCUCAAAAUGGCAGCCUCAGCCACGCAGGUAUGACAUUGUUCACCACUGAACUCAGAAAAACUGAUAAAGGGAAAAGACUUCAAGACACAAGCCUGGUGAGUGUAAGCAAGGGGAAAUAACAUGGAGCGAGAACUGGAAGAAAUGGCAAUAAUGGACAGAAAUCAUAAAAUGUAUGGAGCAGCAACUUUAAGGAUUCGCCAAUACUGUUUUUCUUGUCAAUAUACUCCAAAAUGGCCUUUGACAGCUAAAAUGUUACCUCAAAAGUCUUGUCUAUGGGCACUGAAUGGAUCACAGGGACAUGGUGAUGUGCAGUAGUGUUAAAGGAGAAAACCAAUGGUAAUAGACUCAUAAUAAGUUAUAAAACAUGUACUAGGCCAAUCACCCAACACCAUGGGUCAUUUCAUCAGAAAACAUUAUGUGAAUCAUAUUCAUUCAUGUUCAAGCCAUGUUCAGUUAUUGCAAAAGAUCAAAAUAUUCAACAGAAUAUCAUAAAGAAGUUCCAGUGUCAGGACAGUUAAUUUAUCUAAUGAGAAAUUAAUUGGAGUUCAAUUAUUAACCAAAAGGCCUUAGGACAGCACAUUAUUAGACAUUUGUAAUUAGCAGAACUAACAAAAUAACUAUUGUAGUGACAUAAACAUGCCAUGAUUUGUCCUGAAACCUGAAUCUGACAGAACUAAGUGUUCCUUCAUUUAAUGUGUGUCAUUUCUGUGUGCUCAUGUCCACACCAUCAUAGUCAGCAACACAUACCCAGUGGAUUAGGGUCAUCUAUAUACACCAGGUGGGUUAGGGUCAUACACACAUCAGAUGGAUUGUGACUGUACACACACCAGGUAGAUUAGGGUCAUAUACAUACUAGGUAGAUUAGGGUCAUACACUCUAGGUGGAUUAUUAUGAUACACACACCAGGUGGAUUAUGACUGUAGAUGGAUUAGGGUCAUGCACACACCAGUAGGAUUAGGGUCAUACACACACCAGGUGGAUUAUUAUUAUACACACCCCCGAUGGAUUAUGAUUAUACACACCAAGUAGAUUAUGAUUAUACACACACCAGGUGGAUUAUGAUUAUACACACACCAGGUGGAUUAUGGUUAUACACACACACCAGUUGGAUUGGGGCCAUGCACACACCAGGUGGAUUAUGACUGUACACAGAUGAGGUGGAUUAUGCCGUCCAUACAGCAGGUGAAUUAUGGUCUGGUGGACACAGAGCACCUGACCUGCUCUGACAGUGAGAGGCUGAUAUGUUCUUGUCAUGCCUGAUACUAAAAAAAGGUGCCAUUAUGGAGUCAGAGCUGCUGUCACAGAUAAUAAAGAGAAUGCCUCUAUGAGGUUUCACACAUAAACAGAAAAAUGAACUAUGUGUAACUCAUUGAACAGUCUGUAAAAUUUAGCAUUGAUUUAGUAAAGUGUAUAAUUGUUUAUGAAUCCCUUCAGAAAAGUAGAGUCUGUAGAUAAGAGCAGUGGGAAAAUGUAUUUUGCUAAAUUUAUACCGUUAUAAAUAAAGUCUGUUCACAUUUAAAUAGAGCUAUUUAUUUCUUAGAGAGGUCGCUUUAACCUGUACUUCCUCACUUUAUCCCAGUCCCAUGCCUGGACCUUGUCUCUGUCUUUAUGGAGAUGCAUUAUAAAUGGUAUAUUGGACUAGAAUUGACCAGGUGGGAUAUGUAUGUAAAUGUGCUUUGAAGAAAGCUCUUAUAUUUUACAAGGUGACGUGCACAGGACGUCCUGAGCUUCCCCUUGUGCUGAGGGCCUGUCCUGUGAAGAGGGUGAUCUCAUAAAACUGGACUCAGUGAGGCCAGUUAGGACCUGAUGUACCCUUCUGUGUGUACUGUAGCUCCUCAUGCAGGCAGUGUCUACAACACUUCACUUCUGUAACAUGGAAGAUACACUCCAUCAGAUCUGAAACGGAUUGGAAUUGCAACAGGGAUUACGGUUGACUGGUUCUGUCCAUUUGGUUCUUGAAUAUAUAUACAUCUUUUUUACAAAUUAAUGUGAAUAAUAAUGACAUUUUACACAAAACUGUAUGAAUCGUGAGAGAAAAGUAAUGAAACAAAUGUAAGCUACAUAACCUGUGUUCCAUUAGCAGAGUGUGUUUGACUUUGAGUUUCAGCAAUCACAACCUUUUUAUGUAAACCUUUUGAUUUCCAGCUUCUAUCCUCUGGCAGAAACCCUCUCAAACAAAAUGAUACAUACGUUGGUGCCAACCAGGGUUUUCUUUGUGGACAUGCAGAAUUUCUAUGAAUAUAGUUUUUGUAAGGUUUUGUAAAAAAAGAAAAACAACUUUGUUUUCCUAGUAAAUGUGUUAAGAGAACAUUAGAAUAAACAACAUCAGAGUGAAUCAUGGGGGAAUUCUAAAUACUACAGAAGACCUAUUAAAAUAUUUUCUUUUUAACACACUGUGA